AAAAAGAUUGUGGCCUUGAAGUGUCAAAUUGGAAAGCCAUUAUCCAAAGCUUCAUUGCAGAAAAGGAAUGACGAUGACGAUAACAAUGGCGUCUUCUUCACCCUCAGCCUUACACUGUUCUCUGGCAUUCAACUUCUCUUCUCGAACCCCACCACUCUUCGCCUCUCGACUCUCCAUCACCCCUUCACUCUCCACAAAGAAACCGGCUCUCAACCUCAGCUCUUCACACAGCAUCUCAACCUCCGCGCCGCUGGUUCUCAGCCGCGUUCCCUCCCCGGCGCAAAAGGCCCCACAGCCAUUCACCGUAGUGUGCGCGAAAGGCUAUAAGAUGAAGACGCACAAGGCGUCCGCUAAGCGGUUUCGGGUGUCGGGGAGUGGGAAGAUAAUGAGGAGGAGAGCCGGGAAGCAGCAUUUGCUUAGGAAGAAGAAUACCAAACGGAGAUUAAGACUCUCCAAGAUGGUACAAGUAAGCCGCACAGACUACAACAAUGUGAUUGGUGCAUUGCCUUAUCUGAAGGUGAAUCGAGACAAUUAGAGUGCAAAAAAGCGGGAUGUGUAGUGCUUGAGUUCCUUUGUACCCCCUUUUGCAGUAAAUGGAUGAACACUUCUCCAUUCAAUUUUUUCUUCAACUUUGCUAGAAAUUCUUGUAUUAUUAUAUUCUAACCCUUCAAAAUGUGUUAAAAGCACAAGAUUCUAGUUGUAAUAUCCAAGAUGUGUUCUUCUUA